AUGGCGGAGACGUACUGGCCAAAGUUUGAUGAUAAGAAAUUAUGGAGCUAUGGCUGCAACGGGUUCAAUAGAGGUGAUCGACCGAUGAGUUCGCCUGGAAAUGGCCUUCCCGUUGACCAGCUGGACAAGCUCUACCACACAUACAAAGCAUGUCUUAUGUGUGCGAGACGAGUUCAUAGCCCAGCAAAUUCAAAUGGAGACGAAUGUAUCGGGGAAAUCGUAAAAUAUGAUGCAGAGAAAACUCCACGAAACCAAUGGAAAUGCAAUGAUCAGCCUGGAAGUUGUCCUCGACUUCUGUGCGAAUGUGAUCUCAUGUUUGCCCAAAAUAUUGGCGAUGCGAUGGAGUUUUAUGAUAAAUCGAAAAAGCACGGAAAAAACAAAUUCGAUCCAGAGCAAGAUUGCAUCCGCUCUGCAAACGGCGGCGACUUAAGAUGCUGCGGUGCCCCUGAUCAGGCAAUGGCCACAUACAACGCGAACAACAAGCAGUGCUGCAAGGGCGAAAUCUUAAACGUCGGCGACUUUUGCUGA